AUGAAGGAAUGCUAUCUGGCAAGUAUGCGUGGUCAAGAAGAGUGUUCACCAUGGUUUAAGAGGUUUGGGCAUCCAACGCAUCAUCUUAUCCGAGUAGCAGUGAAUGAGAAUUGCCAUAAGAUGACAAUACAGGAUUUGUGCAGUGGUAAAGGAUGUGGGAAGACAAAAGGUUGGACAUCUAUUGUACUUCUACAAUAUCUUCUCAAAGCAGUUAUCCUGAAAAGUAUAAUAAUAGGCGAAGCUAUUAUUUCUCUUACUAAGCAGAUAAAGUUCACACAAGGAAAUAAAGUUGAAGAAAAACGUCUUAUUCACCGGGUUGUAAUAGACGAAGAAGAACUUGACUUCUUAAUUCAGGAUUGCAUUAAAGAGGGAAUAUAUGCAAGUAGUGAUAAAUGUCUACUUGGAUAUAUUACGAGGAGCAUCAGCCUCAGUACACACAUUUGUGAGUCUCAAUCCUUAUAUAAAAUCGAAAAUGUAUCUGCCUUCUUUAAGCAAGCUAAACAAAAGACUAGCCAUUUAGGUGCUUCACAAAGCAGUCAAUCUAAAAGUUCAGCAGAUACUAGUAAGUUUCAAUGUUUGCAUAAAAUUCCUUCUUGUACAAUGUGUGAGGCAGGAGGCUAUUAUUCAACAGAAGCAGUCAAAGAAUUCAUCAAAGAAGUGAUGGUUCACUACAUGAACAGAAAAUCAAGCUAUUUGUCAUGUGACAAGCAUAAGCCAUUCAUAUGUGCUAUUUGCUUUGGGAAGUGGCACUUUUGCUUAGGUCCUUGGAAGAAUACCAGUAGAGUGGUUACCAAAAAGUCUGAGCCACUAAAAGAGGAAAAGAUUUGA